AAACCCUGCCCAAAAAUGUAUGAUCGCAAUAGACGCCAGGAUAGAAGAUAUACGUGAUAGCCGUAUAUGCAAAGGAUCAUAGCAGUUGUUGCAUGUUGGAGGACUUUCCGUCCUUCUAGCAAAAAGAGAGAGUCUUAUCCAAGAUGUUCGCGAUUGUGGCAUUUCUUGCGCUGAUCGUUUCAGCAAACGGACAGAAUUGUGGCGAGCCCCUUAGUGCGGCUUCGGGAAGCUUCGCGAGCCCGAACUACCCUGACCGUAAUUACCCCCACAACUCCAACUGCCAAUGGGACAUCGUGGUCGCGUCCGGGGCGAAAGUCUUACUGCAGUUUGACGACUUCGCGUUAGAGGGUCCGUCAGCUUUCCAGGGCGGAGCGUGUGUAGAUUACGUCGAAAUCUAUGACCUGUUCGCCCCCAACUUCUUUGUUGGGAAGUGGUGUGGGGAUGACAAACCGCCCAUCUACCUGUCCGCGUCCAACAGUCUGGUUGUCAGGUUCAAAUCAGACUGGAUCACAAAAGACCGCGGUUUUCAAGCGUCCUACAGUACAUUCGGCACUACUACACCCACCGCCACUACCACCGUGGACUGCGGCACUCCGGCUAUCAACCCUUCUCUAGCACGGGUGGUGGGGGGUACCACCGCUGUCGCCAACAGCUGGCCAUGGAUGGCAUCUCUGGCGAAGUACGGUGCGCAUGCGUGUGGCGGGUCCCUCAUCGCUCCCGGCUGGAUCCUGACGGCUGCGCACUGCUUCGACGGGGCUUCCUACACGUCACAGUGGACGGUCCGGCUCGGCAGCCACAACAGGGAGUCUACGGACGCGCACCAGCAGAACAUCGGCGUGCAGAGGAUUGUUGUUCACGAGGGCUACAACGGUGCGAGCAGCAGUGACAACGACAUCGCGCUGCUGAAACUCAACCGUGACGCAACCAUCAACAGUUACGUCAGCACUGCGUGCGUCGCACCAGGAGAGUUCCCCAGCCAGACAAGCUGCUACGUCACAGGAUGGGGCGACACAUUAGGUGUGAACUUCCAGAUUGUGAUGGCUGACCAGCUACAACAGGGCGAGGUGGAGAUUAUCGACAGGAGCACGUGCAACUUGGGUAACUGGUACGGAGGAGCCGUGACGUCCAACAUGCUGUGUGCGGGAUGGACCAUGGGGCAAACCGACGCCUGCCAGAACGACUCGGGCGGCCCGCUGGUGUGUAAGAGCGGCAGGAAGUGGUACCAGGCCGGGAUCGUCAGCUGGGGCCACGGCUGCGCUCAGCCCAACAAGCCCGGCGUCUACACUGACGUCAAUAAGUACCAGAGUUGGAUUCAAACCAAGAUGGCACAAUACCCUUGUCUGUCCGCACAAGAACCUCUCGCUACUAGUAUGUGGUACCUAGUUCUCCUCGUGGCCUUUCCGUCAGCACUUGGACAAGGGUGUGGUGGGUACCUGACUACCCCUACGGGCGAGUUCACCACUCCCAACUAUCCCGAAGAUUACCCGAACAGCACUCUCUGUAACUGGAACAUCCAGGUGCUAUCAGCUAGUCAUUUGUACCUGCAGUUCGAUUAUGUGCAGUUAGAAGAGGUAGGGGGCGUUUGUCGUGACCGAGUGGACGUCUGGGAUCUGGCUGCACCAAACCCCCUCUUAGCUCGUGUGUGCGGCGACACCCCACCAGGCCUCAUCACUACCACCAGCAGUUCCAUCUUCCUCAACUUCCAGUCAGACGAUUCCAUUUCUCAAAGGGGGUUCAAGGUCUCCUACACGUCAGAACGACUACCCAUGGGGGUGUCCUGGGACUGCUACACCGGUGACUCCAUUGACUACCGCGGGACUGUUCGUGUGACUGAGACUGGGAAGACAUGCCAGCGCUGGGACAGACAGACCCCCCACGUCCACAACUUCAGACCAGAUGUUCUUACCGAUAGAGGUCUUGAUGAGAACUUCUGCCGAAAACCAGACGGAAACAACACUUACUACUCCGACCAUAGGCCGUGGUGUUACACCACCAACCCAAGUGUACGCUGGGAAUACUGUGACAUCAUUCCCUGUGAGGACGGUGUUACACCUACCGUCCCUACGACAACCGUGUCCACCACGACAGUGUCCACCAUCCCUCCCACCCCCGACUACUGGACAGGUUCAACCUUGCCUCCGAACGCUAGUGAAUGUGGGGUUCCCUCCAUCCCUCCUGCAAUUGACACCACCGCCAGAAUUAUCGGCGGUAUGGACGCGCGUCCGGGGAGUUGGCCUUGGCAGGUUUCUCUUUGGCAGCGAGGCUACGAUUCUCACGUGUGCGGAGCGUCUCUGAUUGGUCGGCAAUGGGUGCUCACCGCGGCACACUGUGUGGAGAGGGCUCAGAACCCAUCUCAGUGGAGGGUCCGUGUGGGCAGCUACACGCGGGAGGUCACCGACCCCAAUCAAGAGGUGUAUGAGGUCAAACACGUCAUCAUGCACCCUCAGUACGACACGCAGUCUCUGGACAACGACAUCGCGCUGCUGCAGCUGAAUGAUCCCGUCACCAUCUCUGCGCAUGUGCAGCCCGUGUGCAUCUCAGCACAGCAGGUUCCCGAGGGUUACGAUUGCUACGUGACCGGAUGGGGGGACACCACAGGAUCGGGCAACGAUCUCGGUUACUUUCUACAACAAGCUCGGAUCCAGAUCAUCGACACGGUGACGUGUAACCAGUGGAACUGGUACAACAACGAGGUCACGGACAACAUGGUGUGUGCCGGGUACGAGGCUGGAGGGGUGGACGCCUGUCAGGGUGACUCUGGCGGGCCGAUGGUUUGCCAGAGUAAGGACGGAACGUGGUACCAGGCCGGGAUCGUGUCCUGGGGCCAUGGCUGCGCCCAGGCCAACAAGCCUGGCGUCUACACCAAGGUGGCUAAGUUCGUCCACUGGCUAGAUCAUACCAUGUCAGUUCAUGACAACGAUCACGCCAUCUUUGGUAAAUAGACACAAAUCAACCAAUGAUCGUAGACCUACGACAGAACAGCCGUAAGUAGUUUGCAAAUGUUACCUGCACGAGGUAUAGAUUGAAUUAAAUUUGUUGUUGAUUAAUUCU